AUCCCCCACCAGAGUCCGUCGGAAGGCGGAGUUUAACCCCACAUUGUCUGGGAGGAGCCCGCAGUCUCUUGGCGCUCCGUCCCAGGAACAUUUGCUGUGGAAACAGAAGAACCGUGGAAGUACGCUCGGAGAAAAUCCGAUUUUUAUAUUUCUAUUAAAUGCAACGACGUUUUAUCGAGCCGUGGCAAAGAGUGAAGCACGUGAAUACUCCGAGAAAUAUGUUUUAUGAGAGGAGACGUUAACCGAUGUGCCAGACGACCGGGGAAUGAGUUUAUUGGGAUGAGGCGGAGGGACCCUCGCACAUAGGAGAUCCAAUCUGAGAAGAGACUUUCAGACAGAAAUGGGAAACUCAGAGAGCCAAUAUAGCAUCCAGGCCACAAAAGGCACCGGAUGUGUCCCUGGAAAACCAAAGCCCUACACACUGAAGCUCCGCACAUCCAAAGAUGACGCUCUGUCGCCCCAUACGUGGUGGAGAAGUGCACCAUUGGGCUCGGGGUACAAGGCCAGGUGUGUUGGACGAGGCUGUCUGUCCCCUCCUAAAAACCGGCCGCCCUACUCCCCUAGGCACUAUGACUACAACUCGAAGGGGACAAGGGGCAGCCCAGGUCAACAAAGCUGGCAUCGAUCGCCUGGAUGUGGAGUACGAAAGCGGCACAUGUCAGAUGAGUAUGAAGAAAAUCCAUAUGGGGCGGACCUGAAUAGAUGCACCCUGAAUGGACACAGUGAUGAUCAAGAGGCUUUAGAGGAACAGAGCAGCCCACGGGUGGUGAUCAAGAAGGAUGGCAGUCUCAGGGUGGAGUUCACCAACACCUCGGGCAACCCCCUCCUCCUGGAUGAGGCUUCUGGCCCCGUACAACUCCUCAAGUUCUCUCCCAACAUGGAGUCCGCCUCCAUUCCCAGUUUGCCUGGCUCAAGUGGUAGUCGGCAGGAAGGCCACCAUGGUGGUCCCCCAGCGGCCUCUACCUCCUCUACGGCCAGGACCAGCAAGGGCAGCUCACUGAGCUCUGAUGGCUCUUGGUAUGACUCUCCCUGGGGGCCCAGCACUGAGUUGUGUGAGCAGGACCAACCCUGCUCUGCCAGCAGGACACUGGUCCACUCCCCCACUCACCAGCUUGACUCCUUCACUAAACAGUCCCCUCCUGUGUCCAUCGCAGACCUCUACAAGGACUCUACGAUGGCUGCCACUUUUCCCUCAGCCAGAGACCUGUCCUCCCAUUUACAACAGCCUCCAGCAGGCCAUAGGACGCACAGGGCCUCUUUUGCAUCAGUCCUGGACGUACCAUUGGAGGAAGAGCCUCCUGAGGCCUGUCAGUACUCAUCGUAUACCCUGCCCUGUCGCAGGCCCAAAGCCCAUACCAUGAGCGAGGAACUGGACCAGUAUCCUGAACAGGAGCAGGCUGGAUCUGAUUUCGGCAUCCAUAAGAAAGGUUCCAUCAAAAACCGCAUCAGGCGCCUCAGUGACUGGACAGGAAGCCUCAGCCGCAAGAAGAGGAAGUCUCAGGAGACCCGCUACAAGGACCUGACCGAUGCCUUCGAUAGUGGGGUUGAUGGGCUGACCGUAGACACCACCUCCCCCUCUCAAGUCUCUAGCCUCCUCUGGUUCCCCGGGGCCUCCAGGGCCCAAUCAUCAGGAGCCAUUCACCAAACGGCCAACGAUGCCGUGCGCCAGAACAUCUAUGAGAACUUCAUGAGGGAGCUGGAGACCGGCACUGGUCAGGGAGGAGGGGAACGCUGUGAGCGGAGAGACCCAUCCACGGGCACCGAGGAGGGGGAGAGCAGCAGCGAGUCGGCCGAGGGCUCCCUGGAGCAGCUGGAUAUGCUGUUUGAAAAGGAGCAGGGGGUGGUCCGACGGGCCGGCUGGCUUUCCUUUAAACCCCUAGUCACCCUCCACAAGGACCGGAAGCUGGAGUUAGUGACCCGCCGCAAGUGGAAGCAGUACUGGGUGACCCUGAAAGGAUGUACAUUGCUGUUCUACGAGACUUACAGUAAAGGCUCUCCGGAGCGUGAGAUGUCCCCUCGCUAUGCUCUCCUGGCCGAGGACAGCAUCGUCCAGGCCGUCCCCGAGCACCCAAAAAAGGAGAACGUCUUCUGCCUCAGCAACUCGUAUGGAGACGUCUACCUCUUCCAGGCCAGCAACCAGACCGACCUGGAGAACUGGGUGACAGCCAUCCAUUCUGCCAGCGCCUCGCUGCUGGCCAAGCGCCAGGGGAAGGAGGACACAGUGCGCCUGCUGCGGAGCCAGGUCCGCGGCCUGCUGCAGAAGAUUGAUAUGGACGGGAAGAUGAAGAAGAUGGCCGAGCUGCAGCUGACAGUGGUCAGCGACCCCAAGAACCGCAAGGCAAUUGAGAACCAGAUCCAGCAGUGGGAACAGAACCUGGAGAGGUUUAACAUGGAUCUGUUCAGGAUGCGCUGCUACCUGGCCAGUUUACAGGGGGGAGAGCUGCCCAACCCAAAGAGUCUGUUGGCAAUCGCCAGCCGCCCCACCAAAUCCACCCUGGGACGCCUAGGGAUCUUCUCUGUCUCCUCCUUCCAUGCACUGAUCUGUUCCAAAGAUGAGGCCACGCUCAGAAGGCGUUCAUUGUCCCUGACGUACAGACAUCGCAAGAGGGGACUUUUCUCCUCGCUCAAAGGCCUCGACAACCUUACCAAGAGGGGACGGGACAAGAGACCCUCCGCAUCGCAGAUCUUUGAGAGCGACGCUGGAGGUCAAACGUACGCCCUGCCUCCCAGGAGCACUGAGAGGCUGGACAUGCUGAGCAACAUCUACUCCAUGUCGCCCCCUGAGGGCAGGGUGUGGGACAGCAUUAGCGCUGCCACAGACGUGCUGACGUGUGUGUAUAUGCCAGACGGCCUGACAGUCCAAGUUCCUGUCAGAAGAGACCAGACAGCUGCCGACCUUCUCUCUGCUGCCUGCAAGGUGAAACAGCUGGACGAGGGCCUGCACUGCCUCAGACUGCACCGACGGGAGGGGCAGGGCGCAGGGGUCCGAGAUGUGGCUCCUGGAGAGCUCCUCCGCGAUGUGGUCAAUGAUCAGUUGGAGGUGGUCCCAGUUAAUGUGUUCACUUUACACAUGAGCAGGCCGAGCACCACCGGAGACUUUGGUUUUGCAGUAACAGGACACAUAGACAGUCAGAGAAACAGCAGGAUUUUUGUCAGCGAAGUGCUUCCUGAUGACCUGGCUUUCAACGCAGGUCUGCGUCCAGGCGAUGAGAUCCUGGUGCUGAACGGCCGCUGUGUGUCCGCCCUGGACCUCACGCGGAUCCAGACGCUGUUUGCUGAACAAACCCUCCACCUGAGCCUGAGGCGGGAUGGACCCUCGUCACAAACCUUGGGCUCCAACCACCUGACCCUUCCUCACAACCAGGAGGUCCGCGGCAAGCACCACCGAGCCAAGUCCUCCUCAGAUGUGUGCACUGCAGCUGACGGUGCGGAGUCCCUGCAUGUAGGACUAGAGAUCGGUCACUCCCACUGCGCACUCAGGCCCGUUCAGCACAGCAAGAGCGUGGACACAGUCUGCACCCUCUACCAGUCCUGCCAGGAGGGGGCGGCCUCAGGGUCCGGGGGUUUGAUGGACGACACCAAGGGGGCUCCAGUGAGGCAGGGAGGGGAGUCGGGCUCGGGUCCCACCCUGCUCAGACCCUGCCCCAAACACAUGAGUGCCACUGAGAGGUUACGCAAGGUCAUCCAAGAGCUGGUGGACACGGAGAAGUCCUACGUCAAGGACCUGGACUGUUUGUUUGAGAUUUACCUGAAACCCCUGCAGAAUGAAACCUUCCUCACACUGGACGAGAUGGAGAGUCUGUUUGGCAGCCUGCCUGAGAUGUUGGACUUCCAGAGGGUCUUCCUGCAGACCCUAGAGGAGAGGAUCGCCUCCUCGCCUGAUUUCAACACCCUGGAGACCCCCUCACAAUUCAAGAAGCUGCUGUUUUCUCUCGGGGGUUCAUUCCUCUACUACGCCGACCACUUCAAGCUCUACAGCGGCUUCUGCGCCAACCACAUCAAGGUCCAGAAGGUCAUGGAGAGAGCAAAGACGGAUCAGGCCUUCAAGGAAUUCCUAGAUGCGAGGAACCCCACCAAGCAGCACUCCUCCACCCUGGAGUCCUACCUGAUUAAACCGGUGCAGAGAGUGCUGAAGUACCCCCUGCUGCUCAGGGAGCUGGUGUCCCUCACUGACGCAGACAGCGAGGAGCACUACCACCUCACCGAGGCUCUGAAGGCCAUGGAGAAGGUGGCCAGCCACAUCAACGAGAUGCAGAAGAUCUACGAGGAUUACGGCUCCGUGUUCGAUCAGCUCGUAGCGGAGCAGACUGGCCACGAUAAGGAGGUCACAGAGAUCUCGAUGGGAGAGUUUCUCAUGCAUUCCUCAGUGGUCUGGCUCAACCCGCAUUCAUCGUUGGGUCGCAUGAGAAAAGACCCUGAAAUGACCGUGUUUGUGUUCAAGAAAGCGGUGAUAUUGGUCUACCGGGAAAACAACAAGCUGAAGAAGAGGAUGACCAACUCUCGUUCGGCCCUUUCUCACGGAGACGCAGACCCCUUUAAGUUCCGUUGGCUCAUCCCUCUCUCUUCACUGCAGGUCAGAUUGGGAAAUACUGCCGGAGCCGGCACAGAGGGCAGCUGCAUCUGGGAGCUGAUUCACUCCAGGUCUGAAGUGGAGGGGAGGCCGGAGACCGUGUUCCAGCUGUGCAGCAGUGUGCCGGAGAACAAGGUCAACAUCAUCAAGGUCAUCCGCUCCAUCCUGCGGGAGAACGUGAGGAGGAACAUGAGGGGCGAGGCCACGCUGGAGAGGGGCUGCAAGGAGCGCCUGGCCCCCCUGUGCAGCACCCGGCCCUCCUCCGCCCGGCUGGGUUCCACCAGGGCGUCCUGGUUGUGUAAGCCCCCCCUUGGAGACCCCUCUUCCCAGGCUGGGGCCGCCAAAGUGGGGCCGGACUCAGACGAGGGGAGCCUGAGCAGCGGGACCUUCAGUCUGUGCGGAGUCCCUCCCCCCUGCCCCUCCUCUGAGUCCCAGACCCUCCCUGCCCAGAAGAACUGGUCUCACACCCCCGGAUCCAAAUCCCAGCCUCGCUCCUCCUCCUCCGCCGUGAAAGAGUCAGACAUUUUGAGCGACGACGACGGCUUCAUAGAGGGGGGGACGCGGAGGGGCAGUGGAGACGGCAGUUCUCCAUCCAGCACCAUCGAAGAUCAGUUCCUCCAACUGAAACUCUCAGAGGACGCUGCCAAGGCGCCAUGUGUCCAACCGGAGGGGGACACGCCGGAGACCCAACCCAAACUGAUCCGGGGACACUUCGGUGCUGUGAAGAGGAAAACCAGCAGCUGCAGGAGGAGCCAGGGCGCCCUGCUGAGCAUGAAGACACAGAGCAGGUCCCUGGACAGCCAGGCGGACGCAGCGUCUCUGUCGGGGGGGGUGGACCUCAACGCCCUGCUGGAGAGAGACUACAGUGUCCAGAGUCUGACUUCUGUAGUGAACGAGGACUGCUUCUAUGAGCCGGUGGAGAGCUGUGCUGCUGACUCUGGGAACGCCACCUCCUCAUAACGGACACCCCAGAACAAUGGUCAUAAAGGUGAAAGACUGACCCAAGCCCCUGCGUCAUUAGAGGGAAACCCCUGUGUGGCUGUGAAGCUGUGCCUCAACUCGGAACACAGUUUAGGAAAGCAUACACCAGCCUGCUAAAAAGUUAGAUGUAAAUGAUCUUUUUCUUAUGGAAGCCUAUUAUCUGACGGACCCACUUUCUCUCCCUAGAGUGGUGAAGCGAAGUGAUUUCUGUCCCAUUGAUAAUAACUGCAAUAAAUCUGCCAAGCACUGAUGCGUUCUCGCCAUUUCCUCAGCUUCCCAACAAACUGCUUAGUGACGUAUUCCAGCCUAGUUUACCCUGCCGCUCAUGCCGAUUGGCAGCUGUUGAUUCCGUGUUGGACCUUUUCUAUGAAGAAAGGGGGGAGAGUGUCCUCUUUCUUUUAGUCCCUGAAGUUAUAUGAGGAAUAAAAGUCCACAGGGAACAUAGAGCCACAGGAUACGCAGAUGAAAUUAGGUUCUUAUCAGGGUUAUUCAUUUGUAUUUGGUGCCGCAGAACCAAACACUGUAGAUCUCCGCUUAUUACAAAUGGCUUUGUGUUAAAAAUGAAAGGAGUGAGGGCUAAUGAGGUCCACACAAAGACCAGAGGCGGUCACGUCACAUGACAUCGGCCUCAACAAACAGGAAGGAAACUUUCCCAACAAAGCCUUUCUUGCUGUAUUUUGUGCACUAAAGUACAACGUUUGCCUAUAUUUUUUGAAAGAUUUUUACAGGUUUUAAUGUUAAUAAUACUGUUUUUAUUUAUUAAUAGGUUUGAUUAUGUAUAUCUUAGCAAACAAACUUUUUUUGGGUGAAGGCUUGAACUGUUGGCUGAAGAUUUGGUCCAUUACUAAUACGAAAGAUGCAAUACCGGUACAAUGUGUACACUUCAUUUUUAAUGUAGCCCACUGGAUUUGGGUGGUCUUUCUCUGAAGAUUUGAGAUUGCUAGUGGUUGCAUUGGGAUGUAAACGUUAAGGUAUGGCUGCUUAUUUGAAUGAUUUAAACUGCAGUAAUGUUUAAACCCCAUCGUUUCUUUUUAUGUUUGUGUCCUGUAUAUACUCUUCUAUAUUUGUAAACAUUUAUGUAUGAUCUUAUACAUACUUGACACUGUACAGGUAAGACACAAGACAGGAAAUAGAAGACGUUGCAGCUGAUAUUUUUGUAAAAACGUUUGGUUUGCCAUAGCUGUACAUGUCAUGGUACUCAGGCAAACCUCUACAACAUUAUUUACCUUCUCAACUUUACCAUGCCUUUUAAUGCUAGCAUACCAAUGAAUGUGAAUGUCCCAUUCUUAUGGAAAUGUUUUAUAAAUAAAAGUUGUAUCUGUGAA